CAGAUCCACGCGUCACACUCCAUCACUGGCGUGUGUUACUACAUGAAGGAGAUGCUCACACACACAUGCAGAGGCAUGAUGUGACAUUCAGCCGUGCGUAAUUUGCGCAUUCGGACAGCUGAGCGCGCCGUGAAAACACUGCUGCACGUGUGAUGGUUUGACGGCUGUUGGAGGUCUGGAGCUGCUGGAGGGGGUCCAGGGAUGCUGAGGCUUGUCUGGCUGCCGGAGUGCCUCCGUGCAAAGAGGGGCUGCGCCCUGCACAGCUGCUGAGGCACCGAUCAGCCGUUUGUGCGCGUUUACGACCUUAUGGAUGACUCCUGGCACAUCUGAGCGGUGAUUCCGGGGCUGUGAAAGUCGGACUGUCCGUCCCUCACGACCUGCACGAUGGGGAACAGUUUCACCAAUCUGGGUGCCUUCCAGUCUUUGCACAUAGUCAUGCUAGGCUUGGACUCUGCGGGUAAAACCACCGUGCUGUACCGGCUCAAAUUUAACGAGUUCGUCAACACGGUGCCGACCAUCGGCUUCAACACGGAGAGGAUCCGGCUGGGCGGCGCGGGGGCCUCCCGGGGCAUCAGCUGCCACUUCUGGGACGUGGGGGGCCAAGAGAAGCUGCGGCCCCUGUGGAAGCCUUACAGCCGCUGCACGGACGGGAUCGUGUACGUGGUGGACUCCGUGGACGCCGAGAGGCUGGAGGAGGCCCGGACCGAGCUGCACAAGAUCACGCGCUUCGCGGAGAACCAGGGGACCCCGCUGCUGGUCAUCGCCAACAAGCAAGAUCUACCACGCGCGCUGGAUGUGGGGGAGAUCGAGAGGCAGCUGGCCCUGGCCGAGCUGAGCCCCUCCACCCCGUACCACGUCCAGCCGGCCUGCGCCAUCAUCGGAGAGGGGCUGCACGAGGGCAUGGACAAGCUGUAUGAGAUGAUCGUGAAGAGGAGGAAGUCCCUGAAGCAGAAGAAGAAGAGACAGUGAUGAAGACUUCACCCUCAAUAUUAAACAGAACUGAUCCAUCACACAGACACUGCAAGCCUCCAUAUAUAUAUACACACAUAUAUAUACAUAUAUCUAUAUUUAUAGUGCUGCUACAUGAGAUAAAAAGACAGAUAGUAACAUUAGAUUCUAUAAAUGAAUGUCACAGAGGGACAGACUGAAAGUAAACCGGCUUACUCUCCAUCUCCAAACAUUUCCAUCUGCAGUGAAACAACUCAGACAUGUAAAAACAGAGAAAUGUGAUUGACAUGCAGUCUGGAAACACUCUUAUUAAUGUUCAGAGUAUCGAUCCACGCUCUUUAACCUCCCUGUGAGUGAGUCCCUGAUGUUCCAGCAUUAAUAGGUCCAUUUUAUAGAGGAGGUGUUGGUUUUUUGGAGUGUAUGGAUCUUCUGGCAGAGCUCCCUGUUGCUGCGUGUUGUGCUGUGCACACACACUGUUGACUGUAAAUGUGAUUAGAGAUGCACUGAGGCACAGGCUGCUGUGUGGAGCUGUGAGCUGAUGCUACACCAAAGAUGAUUCCCCUGAGAAGACAAAUCCAUCUCCUCUGAUUAUUUUAUUCUUUGUUUUUUUUUACAAACCUCUCUGCUCUUUUGGGAUUUGGUGUUUGAUUCAGGACUGGAAUACGGUUUGAAGUGAAACCACAAGUCUGCAGGAGCAUGGACGGAGUGAGGAGUUGAUAAAAACAGAUUUUGAUGACUUCAGAUCAUUAAACACUAACAUGUAACUUUCUGCGUUUUUGAAUUUGAUAUCAGUAAAAUGUUUCUAAUUAGUUGUGACUAGAAUAAAAAAAAAACUGGUAAAAUUUGUUAGUCAAACACCCAAACAGGUAAAAAGUUAAACAGCUGGAGGAACAUCUCCAAAGGUUUGUCACAUGGCUGCGUCUAAAAAGGAAGAGAUUCAGAACUCUGUGAGAGACUGUGUGAGCUAACAUUUCAACACUUUCAGAAUAAUGUUCCUGAGUGUGAAAGAAUGAGUGAAUUUCAUCAACUGUGGUUCAUAAUGUCAUUAAAAAAGACAUGACUCUGUAGUGGGAAUCACUGCAUAGGCUUAAAACUAUACAACAGUACCAAAUGGGGUUUAAGUGAAAAGGAAAUCAUCAAAAUCUGUUUAUAUUAAUGUUUUACUUGGUGCCCGUUUCUUUCGGACUUGUGAUACGACUGUUUUAAUUGAAAGUCAACCUUUGACCUUGUGUUCAAAUUGCACUUUGAGACAUUUUCUGAGCUCUGGAGAAACCGUCCACUGGCAGGUGUAUCAGAGGUGUUCGCAGCUCAGUAAAUGUCUGAUUUUAUCUCUGAUUUGACUGUUACGCUUAACUCUCCAAGGUUUUUCAACUUGAAGUGUUCAUGUAGCUCUUUGUUUCAGCCUCGGUUCUGCGUCACCAAGUUCCUUCCGAUAAAAGAAAGAAGUAGAAAUAUUCAGAUUUAGUUUGGAGCUGCAAAAAUGUCACCAGAGAGAGGGUGCUGAUUGCAAAUUAUGCUGCAUUUAUUCUUAGUUUCUUCUUGCAGGUGCAGAAAACUCUAAACAAAGAUGUAGCAGCAGCUGGUUGUAUAAUUUGUACGUAAGUUGAAACAAAGAGGGAAGUCGAAAACAUCUUUAUAGUUCCGUUUUCAUGCUUCUUUCCCACUCUGGCGUUCCACUUCUGUUUUCAGGGCUGUGCUGUUUGUUGUUUUAUCCUAAAAUUCGAGUUUUAAAGAAAGUUUUUUUCUUUGUUUUAUAGAAGAAAACAACAUGUCAUCGUCGGCGUAGAGAGAUGUCAGGAACAAGGCAUAAAAUAAGUGAUGGCAGUUGUUCAAAAGGCGUAUUCUUUAAUCAGGUGACAUAAGAUUUCCUUCAGUUGAGUGAUCAGACUAAUAUUCGAUGUUGGUUUUGACGCGGUGGUUCAUAAAAGGCCUUGUCUUCUACAGAAAAGCUGCGAUGUGUUUUUUGUCUUAACUGACCAGACUGCUGAAUGUUUUCCGACUGUUUAAUGCCACUUUCACGUCACAACAGAAGAGGAAAAAUGCGGCUGAAGUUCCUCGACUUUAUUUCUUCUCUUAGGCUAACUUUUAUCCUUCCAUCUGGGGGGCAGACAUGAGUGUUUACUUUGUGGUUUGGAUUGAAUAUCUCCGACAUGAAUGUGGCAUCCUCCUCCUGCAGUGAUCAGUCGAGCUCUGUUCAACAUUGCAUGACAGCCUCCAUGUUACACAAUGUAAAAUAAAGAGUUACAGCCAAGAUACAGCGAGACCAAACAAUGUACGACACACCAAAAUGGAAAAAAAAGACGAAGAAGAAGAAGAAGUAUUUUUGGGAUUAAACUCUUUGUAACUGA